GAGGGUUAGGAUUUGGAGCAGUCCCUUCAAAGAUAGAAUAUCAAACCAAAGUUGGAAACAAAGUUGCUAACUUAGAGAAACAAGUGUCCACUCAAGCACAGAAUAUGCUUUCUCAAUCACAAGAGAUUGAACGAUUGAAAGAAGUGGUUGCCACUCUUUUAGCAAGAUCAGAGAAACAAGGGAAUAACCACGGUAGUAACAGUGUUCAGCAUUCUGCUAACAUGUUUGCACUACAAACGCAGAAUGAAAAUCCUAGUGUUCAACAUCAUAGCAGUGAUGGAGUACAAAGCAACCAAAAUAUUGCAAGUGUUCGAGGUUCUGACAGUGGGAGGCCACAAAGCAAGCAAAGCAACCAAAAGAAAACUUCAAGUAUUCAAUAUUCUGCUGAUCAUGGGUCACAAAGCAAAGACAAGGAAGGUAAAAGGACCAAAGUUACAAAGGAUGAUCAGAAUAGAAUCGAAUUGUUAAAUUGGUUUGAGAUGGAAGAACAGGUUGUUGCAAUUGCAAAACUUGAGUCAAAAGAUCCAAAUGUAAAGAUCCAUCAUGUGCCCCUUGGUCAUGAAUGCUGGAAAGUUUGGGUGCUUGAUGUUUUUGAGGAUAUAGCUUUAUAUCGACCAACUAGGGAGUUUGGAACACUGAGUAUGGCUCAAGGAAGUACAAUUGCAUGGCCUAUCAAGUACAUCAAACAAGUUUAGUUUAUGAACUUU